AGUGACGUGUCCGUGUUGUCUCCUAGCAGAGGAGGAAACGGGGAAGGCCGAAGACUUCAUGUAUAAAGUAGCUAGCUAGAAAUAUUAUUAUUAGCUAAAUAUUUAUUAGUGUUAUGAAGUACAGCGAAAUGUGUUUACCUAGUGUUUAGUUGCGUUAUUGAACGGAAAUGACGUGAUGCUAGUUCAUGAAAACUUCAAGUUUUAUCGUUCUGGCUAGUUUGCGCUAGCGUGCUAGCUUGUAAAGUGAAAGAGCCGCUGUUUGUUUUGAUAGCAUGGUUUAAUUUUUUUUUAUCCACAAUGAAUGAGAAAUCGUAAUCAAUUCGUUCUAUAUAUAAUUACGACAUUAUUUAUCUAAUAAAGCAGUGUGUCAGCCGUGUGUGUGUGUGUUUUAAGAGUGUAGAGAAAGAGGAGCGCUGAUUAGCUAGCUCUCAGACUAGCAUUAGUGACUAUGGGAAACUGUCUGAAAUCCCCGACAUCGGACGACAUUUCGUUACUGCACGAGUCUCAGUCGGACCGAGCCAGCACCGGGGACGGAGCCGAGCCCGAGUUCGAGCCUCCUCCGCCCUAUGAGGAGCAGGCACGCAUGCCCGUGUACCAUCCCACACCCAGCCAGACGUGUUUGGCCACCCAGCUGACGGAGGAGGAGCAGAUCCGCAUUGCUCAGCGCAUCGGCCUCAUUCAGCACCUGCCCAGAGGAGUGUUCGACGGAGGGAAGGACGGCUCUGAGAAGAAGAUCCGAGAGUGUGUGAUUUGUAUGAUGGACUUUGUAUACGGCGACCCCAUCAGGUUCCUGCCCUGCAUGCACAUCUACCACAUGGACUGCAUAGACGACUGGCUCAUGCGCUCCUUCACCUGUCCUUCCUGCAUGGAACCAGUCGACGCUGCGCUCCUCUCCACGUAUGAGACCAACUGACCAGCUCGAGCCAGCUGCACGUCGCCAUGCUCUCUGAAGAGACACCUUCCCCCCGGUUCUCAGCAGCAACAUCCAGCAAAGAGCAGCCGAAGGCCUCCGUCGUGUCCUCAGCUGCACUAACUAGUUAACGGGUUAGUAUAGAGGCCAAUCUUUGAAGAUACCCAACACACACACACACACACACACUUCUUUUCCUUUAUCUCACUGGUCAUGCACAUUCUGUAUCAGUUAUUCGCAAUUUUUGGGGUAUAUUUGCAGCUGAAAUAGAAGAGAUUCCUGAGGACUGAACAUCUCUGGUCUAGCGUUAGAGCAGAACUUUGUAUUCUCAAGCACUUAUCGGCUGUUCUGAGCUACAGUGAUUGGACACUUUUUCUUCUUCUUCAUCUUCUUUUUUUUUGAAAUGGCUCCGCUGAAGAAAUCUGGCACGGUUCUCUGUUGCUUUGACUAAACGUAGAUCUGGCUCAGCAGUAAUAUUAAGGCUCAGGGGUGUACAACAAUCUCCCAGAACAUGUGCUGACUGUAUCACAAAGCUUCUUCGUCUCUGAUUUACUGCUUAUACCAGGACGGGCUCAGUAAAGUAAGCAUUUAUUACAAUAUGCAUCACUUACACAAUAACAAAUGGCAUAUUUUAGCAUCAUUACCAUACACCUUACACAUGCUGUAGUGACAUUUAUACUAAAGUACUGUUGAACAGUAGUUCUAUCAACACGCUCGUUCUGAUACGUUAUCAUUUCUACAGAAACUGUUAGCGCAGGGACUUGUAUGACAGACGCUCCUUAUCAAGGGAUAGUACGAAAAACAAAAAAUAUCCAGUGAGGCUCAAGCUCACAGGAAGGUGACGCUAACUCAAAUAAGUACUCUUUACAACCAUGGUGAGCAGAAAAGCAUCUCAGAACGCGCAACAUGUCGAUCCUUUCCACUCCUGUCAGCCAAGAACUGGAAUCUGAGGCUACAGUGGGUACAUGUGUGUAAUAAUGUAUAAUGAUAUGGCAAGGCAGAUGCUUGUUUAGCAUUUUUUGGAAGGAGUCUCCAGUAUCAGUAUGUCUUCCACCACUGGAAAGACUACGCUUUGCGGUUUCUCAGUAGCAUAAGAAGCUGCUUUUUUUUUUUCUCUUAUUAACGUCAAGACAGAAUAAACUGGAUGCUAGUGAUGAAAUAAAAGUUAAUGUUUUUAUAAUGUAAGUGACAACAAUGCAAAUGUUCCACACCGUUAAACGUAACUAUAAAUGGAUCAAAUGUAUGACGUCAUUCUUAAAUUAAAAAAAAAAAAAUGUAAUCCUUGGCAAAUUGCUGUAGUAUAAGAGGAAUAAAACACUUCAGGAUGUGUAGUUAUUGGAAAGUAAUCAAUAACAGUACCUUUGCUUCCUUUUGCCGCAUCACACAACACUGUUGUUUAUUAAUUUCCUGUAACAGCACACCUCAAGGGUUUUAUUCCGUACUUGAAAAGUCCAAUAUGUUCACGCUGAUGCACGUGAUAUCUUUAAGUCUUUACUCAUCGAUUGUCAUGUUUAGGGUGACGUGUAUUUUGGAAGAUAGUUGUACACCUCUGAACUCCAGUUACGCUACAUGACGAAUCUUAAAUCUCCCACAGACACGCAGCGAAGCUGUAGCGCGUCCCCCGAGUGUUUCCGCGCACUCCUCGUGUUUUUCCGCGGUCCUGUCGCCAGUUCUCUUCUCAAUCAUUUUAUUGCCAAAGGCGCAGAAACUAAACAGGUAACUCGUAAAAAAAGGGCUCAGUUGUGCAUGGUGGAGGUGGAGAGGUGGAGGUGGAGAGGUGGAGGUGGGGGUGGGGGGAGUGAGGGGGGAUUUUUGAUCGAACCAAAUGACUACCUGUCUCAAUCUACAUUAGAAAUGCUUGCACACAAAAAAAAAACCUAGUAUGUACUAAACCUAGAGAUUUGCACUUUACACAUGAUAAAUAUGAGAAUAAUGUAUUUAUGUAGAACCUUGCACCAGUCUUUUAUCUUUUACCCGUUCUUCUUCUUUCAGUAGUGCUGAUGAUUUUCUCAGAUGCAAACAGAGCAGGUUAUCUACAGUGGGGUACAAAAGUCUGAGAGCACUCGUGAAAAUGCUUCUAUUUUGCAUUCUUUUCUAAUUUAAUACAACGAUCUUCAUUACGUAUGAUAUUACUGACUAUAACCUGAGUGAAAAGUAGAAUCUAUGAAAUAUUUACAUGAAUUUCAGAGUUUCUUAGUAUUUGGUACAUCCCCUUUUCACUUUAAUGACAGUGUGCACUCGAGCUGGCAUGGACUCCACAAGUAUGAACCUUAUGAUCCAUUUUAGAUCAAAUCCAUCAGAGUGUCGUCUGAACACAUGCGUCAGUAGAAGAGAUUAGACAUGAGGAAACUCAGACCUUUUGUACAAAGCAGUUAACAUGCUCAGUAUCACACAAAAACUUCUGUUUUAAAUCCCAGAUUUUCAAUGUGGACUCAGACUUUUGGACCCAUUGAAUCUGUUUUUCUCUUUCUUUUUUUUUCCCCAUUUGUAUUAUUCAGAGUACCUUUUUCCACAAAUCUAACAAUAUCCAACCUUCGUUAUUAGUUGUUGAAAUUACAAACUGAUGCUGUUCACCAUGGUGGGUUGAGCCAUGGUCAAUAAAAAUGCUGACUAUUUAAACGUAAAGGCUUUCAGCG